CCGACGAUCAUUUGCAAUUUGUGAAUUAGAGCAUAGAGUUUAGUAUGUCGAGUUAAGAAAAUUUAUUUUUAUAUCUUAAACUUUUCAGAAUGUUAGUUUUCAAAUUAUUUUUAUGUUUAAUGGUUAGUGUGAACGCCGGUCCAGCUACUGAAAGUUUUAAAAAUCAAUAUUGUACUGACCCGCGUACAAUGAAGAAACACACGGCGUACACGGAGUGGGCAGACGCGUACUCUUGCACGAGACAUCGCUGCCAGCCUGGUGGGAGGAAUCUAGCAAUAUACACAGUCGGAUGCAAGCGUGUAGAGCCACCAGAAUCCGCGAUCGAAUGUGAGGAAGUUGUGGAAGAUACCAACAUGCAGUUCCCAUACUGCUGUUCACGACUACGUUGCCUAGUAGUGGUCCGCGGCGAAGUAUGGACGCGCGUGUUGGGCCAGCCCUGGGAGACGCUGCCCGCCGCACCCUGGAGCCACAUGUACAAAAUGAAGAAACCUCCGCCCCCUGACGCCAGUUUUCUACCAAAACACGGUGAAGGUCCCGUUUACGAACUGGCGACGGACAACGAUGAGCAAGGUGUGUUGAGGGCGACAAAGAAAGCUACCACCGAGGACCCGGCCAACUGCAAAGACUCUGUACAUAGAUCGAAUAGUAACGCCGCACCUGACAUUGUAAUUGCUUUGGAGACGAAUAAAGAAGAGAAAGAAGUUAAAAAAAUCGAAAGUGGAAGGCAGGACGUUGUGGAGGAGGCCCCGGAAAUGCGCAACGAGAUGGAUUAUGAAGAUUUGGAAACCACCACUGAAAAAAAAUCGAUGGCACGCCAAAUAACAUGGACCGAAAUCCCGCCUAAUCAAUGGAACGAACAUGAGAUGUCUAUGGACAUCGAGAAUGCUAAAGAACAGGAGAUAGAAAAAAAGGAGAGCAAGUCCCCGAACCUGCAGGCGCUGGUGGACGCCAUCGGCAGCAGGAUGCGAGACAUCGAGAACGUGGUGCAGAGGAUGAGCCAGAAGGUGCACAGGAACAAACCGCAGCUUACCGUAAUAGGAAACAGCAUGAACAGUAUCGAGAGAAGGUCUGACGACAUACAAACUCGUAAAAGUUUAAGUCAGGAUCUGAAAGAGCACGACCACGAAAUCGUCGUUUCGAAAAAUCAGUAUCCCAACAGCGAAUCGUUUAAACGAGUCAAACAUAUUCACGGCACAACAGAGCCGAAUAGCGAUGUGCCUCUGUACGUAGAGGAUACCAACCUGAAUGGAUACUUCAGUGACGUCAGUAACAGUAUACUGCGCAGAGUCGGCUUACCUAAAGAACCAAUAGCAACUUACAUGGCACCAGUAGAGAAUAGAGUGAAACCUCAAGUCCAUACAAUAGUUGUCAGUUCAGGAGAAAUCGAAAAGUCGAAGAAGAAAAAGCGAACUCACAAGAAGAAGAAAAACAAUAAAACCCACAAGAAGCAUCACUUGAAAGAAGAAAAGAAAAAACAUUUCAAUAAAAAGAAAUCCUCUGAAAUAGAGAAGAAUGUUGUAUCACUUGAAGAUAGCAGUUCUGUAACUUCUUAA